GGGAGUGGCAAAGGCAAAGUGGCCGGUAAAAGACUUUAACUGUGUCUAACUUACUACAAAACUUUGUCAGUGGGAUCUCUUAGACAGUAACACAUAGCUGAACGUGGAAGAGAUGAGCAAUCAAGAGGUAGUCACGGUAAAUGUUGGAGGUACAAAGUUCACCACAUUUCCCUCAACGUUGAUGAGAUUUCCAGAGUCCAGGCUGGCGCACAUGUUGGAUGGCAGUGAUCGUGAGUUUAGGAUGGUGAAUGGUCAAGUCUUUGUAGACAGAGAUGGGACUUUGUUUAGCUAUAUUCUUGAUUUCUUGAGGACGUCCCAGCUCUCCCUACCUCCUGACUUCUCAGAUUACGAGAGACUGCAAAGAGAAGCAGAAUUUUACCAACUUCAAAACCUGGCAGAUUUGCUUGGCCAUGAGAGCUUUUAUCGGCCUAGACUGGAGAUCCUGGAAGUGCGAUUUCUUGUCCAGGAAACCCACUCUUAUUUCCGCAUCUUUUGCUCAUGUAGUAGCACUAUUGAAAUGCUGACAGACCGGGUUAUAAUGUAUGUGGAGCAACCGAUCGGAGGACAGAGCUGGACCUUUCCAUUCUCGGCACAAAAACCACUGGCACCGGUGCCUCUACAAAGACCCUCACAUCAUGACCUCAUAUUCCAGUGUGGAACAGACUAUGCCACUGGAGAUCAGUUUGGAGCCAGGUGAUUACCAUUCAAAAUAUGUCAUUAAACACAGCUGUGAGUGAUUUAAUAGUGUUUAACAGGGUGAAUAAAGGAAGAGAGGAAUCCUCACCAACAAACAGGUCCCUGAAUUUAUUGAAAUCUUUUUAAUGGACAAUAUUUAUUUGUGUAUAGUUCAUAUGUUACACGAGUAGAAAAAUACCACCAGAUCUCCAACUGUAACUCCCCCAAAAAUAUUACCAGCCACUUAUACUUUUGGCAGUCAUUGGAAUAGGAGAGCAUAUGUUACCAUAGGACUGGUAACAACUGAAAGCCCGACAUUUUAUUAAGUAAUAGAUUUAUAUUUAUACAUAUAUAUAUAUUUUUAGUAAUGGAUGUAGGCAUACUGUAAGACACUUGAUAAUUUAAUCUAUCCAUCUAGCUUUGCAAAAGUAAAAUGUUGUUUUAUAGUUGGUGCAGAAAUUGUUAAAAAAAUUAAUUUAUUUAGGAGUAUGGAUACUAAUUGCAAUGCAGAGGUAGGACGAAAUACCAAUAUAUUUAGGAAUAUUAGGAACUGCCACUUACUCUGUUUUUUUUUUGUUUUUUUUAAUACGACGUUUACUCAUCCCUAUAUUUAACUUAUAUGUAUUUGUGAGGUGUAAAAAAGUUUAAUUAAAUGUAGGAACCACACCUAUUUCUCCUACAAUUGGGUGCCUCCAUCUUAGCUCCCUGUCAAUCAUUGUUGCAAGCUCUACUGGAAGUCCGCAUAGAGAAAGCAUACAGAGAAGAGAUGAAAUAACACUAUUUCUAUUUCUACUCUUCUUGUUUUGUCAUGGUUUUGCCUUGUCUAGACUGGAUUAUAGAUGUGAAGAAAACAGUGCAUCCUAUGAAGAAAAAUGGUUAACAUGAGUAAUGGAGUAACUCUUAUUAUUCACUAGUGUAAAUUUGAAAGGAAUAAAAUUAAAAAGACAGUUGCCCUUUAAUAUGAAUAUUAAAGUAACCUAAUCAUCUAAAAAAAAAGGUUUCAUUCAAAUUAAAUUUGAGGCUUUACUGCAAAAUAAAUAAAGUAAAUUCUGAGAAUAAUGUCUGGAUUGUCCAGUCCAAUGCCACCCGUAACGGUAUUUAAUAUGGGUUAUUAGAAGGGGCAACAUAAUCAGUUCAUUUCAAAUAUUCUCAAGUAUGUUCACCAACCCACUUAUACUCUGUUACACUAACUCUGUAUGGCUUCCUAAAUAAGAAUAUCAAACUCCCCCAGCAGAAUCUAGCUCAUAGAAUCGAUUACAUUUACCUUCCUAGAGUUCUAGAGAUGUAGGACUAUAUUCACUACACAGGGCAUUGUGGGGAUUCUGAAUAAUUAAAGGUACGUUCCAAACAUCUAAAGUCGUUCUUUUUUUUAUUUUUUUUUAUUUUACAACAGGUGCUAUCAGACAACUGGUCCUAUUACUUUGUGAUUGUUUAGCUCAGUGGAGUUAAAGGACCACUCCAAAUGAAUUAUUAAUUUUAAAAUAAAAUUCAUUAUUUAGUAGACAUACUGAUCUGUGGUCUGUGAAGGAGCUGAACUGAGGUGUGAAGAUGCUGCUGUGAGAUCUGUGCGUCUGUCUAGAGGAGCUAAUGCAAGAAGGCCGUAAACCUACCUGGCUGUUUGAUUGACAGUCAGGCUGGUGUUUCAUGAUUUAUUUCUAAAAGUGCCGAUUUCUCAUAGAAAAGGGCACUUUUAUAAACUGGGCUAAAAAUAGGAUACCCCUCAGCUGGAGCACUUUAUGGGUUGGGACUGGCCCUUUAAACUUAAGAGGCAGACGAUUACUUAGAGCGCCUGCAUUGCAAAGACUUCUUACUGAGCUGCAUUGGGGACAGCCACAGAAAGUCUGAGCUGGGUUAGAAGGGAGAAGAGUUUGCACAGGGACCAGACCAGCUGUUUGUAAGUAAACCACAAUGAAAAAGAAAUGCAUAUUUAUUUUUUAUUUUAUUUAUUUGGGCAGUGAAGUGUCCCUUUUGUUUUGCCCAAAAUAGCUGUUCUAGAAAUAAAUAAUCUUUUAUUAUUUUUCAACAUUGGCUAUAUUAGGCGUGUAUCUUCCUAUCAGCUAUUGUGACCUACAUGUUGCAAUUAUCUUGUUAAUUGCCUGGUAAGUAUUUUCUAUGACAUAUGGCAAGAGCUUCACUAAUCAUGCAUUUCUCGUUGGAUAGGUAUGUCUCCAUAAAACCUGAUCAAAGGAAACUGUUAAAUGGGACCAAUGUUCUCGGACUCUUGCUGGAUAUUUUACUAAAGGAGGGCUUCAGUCUGAUUAGCACUAGGUCUGUGGCAUCUGAAGAGAAGGUGGAGUGCUAUACAUUUCAGAGGAAGAAGAGAGCGGAAGUGUUCACAGUUAAUGAAGCUCCUAAAACGGAAAACAAUGUACAAAUACAAGGGAAGCAAGUCAAGUCGAACAAAAAGAGAUGAAGUCUCAGCAACCAUUUCAUCAAUAUCAUUUUACCAUUCUAUCACAUCAUUUUAGUUAUACUGAUGAGGUGUUACUUUAUAGACAAUGCAAUGUCAUCCAAGGGUGACCUUGUAUGGACAUGUUAUGUCUGGACUAUAAUACUGCUAACACAGUUAGUUGAUAGCGAUGAUGGACUUUGCACAAGGAAGCAGGUUAUCAGCUCUUUGCCCCAACAUGAUUUCGUCUACACUAUGCUAGCAAAUGUAUAGAUUUAUUUAUAGAAUAUUAUUUGCUACCGUGCCAUUACCAUAGAGUUUUGAAUUUUAGUUACGCUGAUCAGAAAUGUGUGCACCUGCAGCAAAUCACACAAUGCACAUGUCCAGAAUGCUAUGUGAGCAGCUUAAAUCAGGAACUGAGUCGUGUGCCAUGUGGGAUCCACCCUUUGUCAGUCGGUGAUGGUGGAAAGUUUUGGUAGAAUAUAUAUCAAUAUUAACCUACCAAAAACUUUUGCCCCAUUGGUCAUCAUCAGCCACCUCCUUUAAUCUGCACAUCUUACUGAACAGAACAAGUGCCAAGCUUUGAGUAUGUAAACUAUAAUAUUUGUUGCAGAUUUCAAUAGCACACUGUAAAAAUAAUAUUUCUAAUAAUUAUUAUUAUUGCUGGUAUUUAUAUAGCGCCAGCAUAUUCCGUAGUGCUUUACAAUAUUAUCAAAGGGGGAGAUUUAACAAUAAAUGAGACAAUUACAAAAACUUACAGAAACAAUAGGUUGAAGAGGACCCUGCUCAAACGAGCUUACAGUCAAUCACUUGAAGUGCUUACUUCAGAAAAAUAUUUAAUAAUGAAAGAUUCUUUACCUUAGAGACAAAAUAUGUUUCACGAAUUCACACAAACGGUUCAUAAGAUUUUAAUAAAAGUAUUUUUCUAUAUUUCAAGUUUAGAUGAUAUUUAAAGAAAAGGACAAUAUAAUGGAAACGGUGAAGAAUAUACCAAUACAAAACGUUAAUUAAGUAAAGCUUCGAUCCUUCUAGGGAUGUGGUAAAUGGAGUCCCAAUCUGUAUGUAAUGUGAUAUGUCACCAUUUUUACAAUAAUUUCCGUUAACAUUUUUGGACAAAGCAAAUUGGUGCCUGAACAAAUUGCAAAUGAUCUAAACUAUAAAAUAAUUAAAUCUGAUCAAAUUAUUUGGACAAACUAAAUUUUUAUCCUGUUCUCAAGUCUACAUUAAAGGGACACAAUAGUCACCAGAACAACUACAGCUUAUUGUAUUUGUUCUGGUGCGUAUAAUCAUUUCCCUAUGGCUUUUUGCAGUAAACCCUGUCUAUUCAGAGAAAAGGCAGUGUUUACAUUACAGCCUAGGGACACCUCCACUGGCCACUCCUCACAUGGCUACUAGAGGUGCUUCCUGGGGCAGUGAUGCACACUCACAGAUAUUCAGUGUCUCCUAUCUCUGUAUGGAGACACUGAACUUUCCUCAUAGAUCUGCCUCCUUGACAGACUCAGCCAAUCCUAUGCUUUUUUUAUGGAAGAGCAUUGUGAUUGGUUCUGAUCACCACUUCUGAUGAUGUCUGCCAAGCAGCCAGAGCCAGCAGCAGACUGAAUUAAAUGUAAGAUGAUCUAUAGUAUUUAUAGUGACCUUUAAAGUUAUAAAAUAAUGCAGGGUAUUUAUCAGACCUAUUGACUCCCAAGAGCUGGCUAUCACUUACAUAUUUCUUAGCAUUUUGGUAAUAGAUAUUAACAGGGUUACUUACUACAGCAGGGCUUGACAAAUCACAGGCGGCAUUGUGACUAGGAUUUUUGUCAUGGCGUCUGGGAUUUGUUGGCCAAUUAGCCCCCGAGGUGGCCAGCUUAUAAAGAGCAUUGGCGUGCAUGCGGUCGGUCAGCUCAGGAAGACAUCCUUUGGCUUUCUCCAAACAUAAGCCCUUGUGGUGCAGAAAAUAAAGUGAACGAUGACCCAUAUAUAAUUUCAGACUUUAUAGCUUAUUUCUCUGUUGCCCACAAAUCCAGGUUUUGUGCCUUUCACACCCGGAUAUGCAUCAAAGUCCAUUGGUAUUAAAUCAAAGUAAUUUCUUAAUGCUACCCAUCCCUUAAGUUCCAGCUUUGCUGACAAUAUUCUUGGUGAGAUGCUGUGGUGCUGAUUUGAGUUGCAAACGAACAGCCUCAAGAACAUCCAUGUGAAGGGACUGUCUAUCCCUGGAGCUUUGAAUCAUGACCUGCAUGAACAAAGGUAGAGGUGUGUGAGUAGGAAGGGGGUGAUGGUAGUGUUGGCAGUGAGCACUAACAAGAACAUUGCCAGCCAACUAAGCUUAUGUAAUGCAUUCACCUACCCAAGAGCUUAUGGGUUGGUACACUCCGCUCUUUAUGGAUUAUUAACCCCAAAGGGACACACAUUCUGGAAUAAAAGUGAAUCAUGACGGAAUAUUUCCGUCAUGUGUCCUUAACCCCUUAAGG